AUGGCGAGAAAACAAGUCAAGCCUGUCACCAAGAAGGCCGGAGCUCCAAAGAAGGCCGUGACUCCAAAGAAAGCUGUAGCUCCGAAGAAGGCUGCUCCAGUCAAGGACGCUCCGGCUGCCAAGAAGGCCGUGACUCCAAAGAAAGCCGUAACUCCGAAGAAGAAUGCUCCAGUCGAGCAUGCUCCAGAAGAUCCUGCUCCAGCUGCCAAGAAGGCCGCCACCCCUAAAAAGGCAGCGACUCCGAAGAAAACUGUCACACCAAAGAAGGCUGAGACUCCGACGGUGGUCCCGAAGAAGGCUCCGGCUAAGAUCGCCAAGAAGACAGCGACUCCAAAGAAAAUUGCUACACCAAAGAAGUCUCCAGCUAAGACCACGAAGGUUACCUCGAAGGCUGCCACUCCAAAGCAAGCUUCCAAGAAGGCUCUCGCCAAGAAGGCUCCAGCUAAGAAGGCCGCCACCAAGAAAAUCACCAAAAAAGCAACAAAGAAAACUGCCACUCCAAAGAAAACAGCUACAACAAAGAAGGCUCCCGCCAAGACCGUCAAAAAGGCUGCAACUCCAAAGCUAGCUGCCAAAAAGUCAAAGACCAAGAAGGCUCCAGCUAAGAAGACCACGACCAAGAAGGACUGA